AUGGCCACCGAAUCAGCUGAGAUUGACUACAGUCUGAACAACCCAGACACCCUCACCAAGUACAAGACCGCCGCUCAGAUCUCUCAGAAGGUUCUGGAGGCCGUGACAGGAUGGUGCACUGAGGGCGCCAAGAUCGUCGACGUCUGUGAGAAGGGCGACCAGCUCCUUGACGAGGAGAUUGCCAAGGUCUACAAGGGCAAGAAGAUCGCUAAGGGUGUCGCCCACCCCACCACCGUCUCGCCGAGCGCCUUUGUCACCCCCUACACUCCCCUCAAGAGCGACGCUGAGGAGGCCGCCGUCGAGCUCAAGGCUGGCGAGUGCGUCAAGAUCCAGCUUGGUGCUCAGAUUGACGGCUUUGGUGCCAUCGUCUGCGACUCAAUCGUCGUCUCCUCGACCAACGGCGAACUCGAGGGCCGCCAGGCCGAUCUCGCCCUUGCCACUUACUACGCCAACGAACUCCUUCUGAGAACCAUGCUCCCUCCUGGUACCCUCGCCUCUGGCUCCGAAGAGGAGAUUGCCAAGGCACGUGCCCAGAAGCCCUACAGCCAGGGCAAGAUCACCCAGCUCCUCGAGAAGGUCGUCAAGAGCUACGACUGCAACCUGGUCGAGAACACCACCUGCUGGCAAUUCGAGAGAAACGAGAUUGAGGGCAAGAAGAAGAUCAUCUUGGCUCCUGGCGAGGGCGUCAGAGGCGAUGGUCUCCCCGAGGUCGGCGAGGCCUGGGGUGUCGAGAUGGGUGUCAGCUUGGGUACCGGCAAGGUCAAGUCUCUGGGCAACCGUGCCACUCUUCACCGCCGCACCACCACUACCUACGGCCUGAAGAGACCCAGCUCGAGAGCCACUCUUUCCGAGGUUGUCAAGAAGUUCGGUACUUUCCCCUUCUCUCUCCGCCAGCUGGAAGACGAGCGCGCCGGAAAGGUCGGUGUCGUCGAAUGUGUCCGUGGUGGCGUCCUCCGCCAGUACGAGGUUAUCGGUGACAAGGACAACGAGGCUGUCAGCCGUCUGUUCACCACUGUUGCCGUCACCAAGAACGGUAUCAGCCGCCUGAGUGCACCCCCCACUCCUGACCUUACCAAGUUCAAGACCGACAAGAAGAUCACCGACGAGGAGGUCCUGAAGAUUCUUGAGCAGCCUCUUGCUAAGGACUCGAAGAACAAGAACAAGAAGAAGAAGACCAGCGCCAAGAAGGCUGAGACCACCGAGGCAUAA